CCCCCCGGGCCGCGCUCGCCCCUGCAGCGCCCGGGCGGAUGCGGUCAGCCCACGGAGGGGCAUGCUUCCACGCACCAAGUACAACCGCUUCAGGAAUGACUCGGUGACAUCGGUCGACGACCUUCUGCACAACCUGUCGGUGAGCGGCGGCGGCAAGGUCUCGGCGGCGCGCGCGGCCCCGGCGGCGGCCCCCUACCUGGUGUCCGGAGACGCGCUGCGCAGGGCGCCCGACGAUGGGCCGGGCAGCCUGGGCCACCUGCUCCACAAGGUGUCCCACCUGAAACUCUCCAGCUCGGGCCUCCGCGGGCGCUCGGCGGCCAGGGCGCGGGCGGGCGCGCGGCUCUCGGGCAGCUGCAGCGCGCCCAGCCUGGCCGCCCCGGACGGCAGCGCGCCCCCCGGCCCCGGCGCCCCGGCCAUGCGCGCCGCCAGGAAGGGCCGGCCCGGCGAUCAGCCGCCGCCGCGCGCCCCGCACGCCAGCGACCAGGUGCUGGGGGCCGGAGUCACCUACGUCGUCAAGUACUUGGGGUGCAUUGAAGUUCUCCGCUCAAUGAGGUCUCUUGACUUCAGCACAAGAACACAGAUUACCAGGGAAGCCAUCAGCCGCGUGUGUGAAGCCGUCCCUGGCGCCAAGGGAGCCUUCAGGAAGAGAAAGCCUCCCAGCAAAAUGCUGUCCAGCAUCUUGGGCAAGAGCAACCUCCAGUUUGCGGGGAUGAGCAUCUCCCUGACCAUAUCCACCGCCAGCCUGAACCUUCGGACGCCCGACUCCAAGCAGAUCAUCGCGAACCACCACAUGCAGUCCAUCUCCUUUGCGUCCGGGGGAGACCCGGACACAACGGACUACGUGGCAUAUGUGGCGAAGGACCCCGUUAAUCGCAGAGCUUGUCACAUUCUGGAGUGCUGCGAUGGGCUGGCCCAGGAUGUCAUCGGCUCCAUCGGACAGGCCUUUGAACUCCGGUUUAAGCAAUAUUUGCAGUGUCCUUCCAAGGUGCCCGCGUUCCACGACCGAAUGCAGAGUCUGGAUGAGCCUUGGACGGAAGAGGAGGGGGAUGGCUCAGACCACCCAUACUACAACAGCAUCCCAAGCAAGACACCUCCUCCAGGGGGUUUCAUAGAUGUGCGGCUGCACACCAGACCCCAUGCCCCCGACACAACCCAGUUUGCAGGAAAAGAGCAAACUUACUACCAGGGGAGACACUUAGGAGACCCGUUUGGCGAAGACUGGCAGCAAACACCUGUCAGGCAAGGGUCCUUGGACAUCUACGGCAUGCCGGAGGGGAGAGCGCCCGCGGCCCCUGGAGAAGCCCCCACCUACGUGAACGCGCAGCACCUCCCGCCACAGGCCACGCCAGCCUCAGGCAGCAGCGCGGAGAGCAGCCCGCGGAAGGACCUCUUCGACAUGAAACCUUUUGAAGAUGCUCUCAGGAACCAGUCCUUGGGGCCUGCGCUGAGCAAAGCAGCCUCGGUGGAGUGCAUCAGCCCCGUUACCCCCAGAGCCCCAGAUGCCAAGAUGCUGGUGGAGCUGGAAGGGGAGCCUUGGUACCAAGGGGAGAUGAGCCGGAAGGAGGCCGAGGGGCUGCUGAAGAAUGAUGGGGACUUCCUGGUCAGGAAGAGUGCCACCAACCCAGGCUCCUUCGUCCUCACGGGAAUGCACAAUGGCCAGGCCAAGCACCUGCUGCUUGUGGACCCGGAAGGCACGAUCCGGACGAAGGACAGGGUCUUUGACAGCAUCAGCCACCUCAUCAACCACCACCUGGAGAACAGCCUGCCCAUCGUCUCAGCCGGAAGCGAGCUCUGCCUCCAGCAGCCGGUGGAGAAGACCCUGUGACCCACCAGCCACCCUGUCCUGACCCCGCACCAGUGCUCAGGAGCCCUGGGUCUUCCCGGGAGAUGGGCAUGGGGGCUCCAGAAGCUUGGGCCGCUGCCUGCGGGCUCAGAGCCUCGUCCAAAUGCCCCAGGAGGAAGGUGUCCGUCAAGUGCAAGUUUCAUAAACUUGUUCUGAUUUUCUCAUGUGCAUAUUAAAGGUGUACAUACCUAUACAUCCUGUACAAAUUAUCCCUCUAUAUUUAUAUUUUUUAAGACUAAGAAAGAUGUAAGACUAACGUUCUGUGCUGUAUGUUUUUAAUGGAAAAAAAAAAAGUUUGUAGUUGUCCGGGCAAAAAUUUAAUUCAGCUGACCCAUUCUACU